AAAUCUUUUUUAGGGUUUCGAUAAUCACACCCACAUACACACCACCACCAGGCACCACCACCGUUUGUUUACUUAUUGCACAUUUCUAUGAUUUUCGCUUCCGCGAAAGAUAUGUUUCAACGAAUUCAACAGGUUUCCGAUUUGUAUUGUUUGUCAAUUUCAAUUUUCUAGGGCUCGAUAUACGUGCGAGUGAUGAUGGGCAGCGAUUUAGAAUUAGGAGAUAGUACAAACCCUAAGGUGGAAUCGGAAUCAUUUGUUGAUGGUAGUAGCUCAGAGAAUAGAGUAGAUUCCGCAUCGAUACAUUUAACUGGCCCCUCCGAUAGCUCUACAGUUGUGCAGGGUGUUGAAAGUGUUGUUGCAGAGGGCAGCUUGGAUAGUGUUUCGGCUGAAGAAAAUGUUAGCGAUGUAAAUAAUAGGGGAGCUGGGGAUUCGAGCAAGUUAGGUGUUUCUGAAUCUGAUAACAAGGACGUGUCUAGCGAUAGGAACCAUGGUAGUGUAAAGCGUACGAAAAAUGAGCAGAAGAAGGGACAACGGAGAAAAGAGACGAAGUCAAAAGAAUCAGUAUCGCCUGCAUAUGAUUCAAUGCUCUCGAUGUUUGAUGAUUUUGCUGCAAAUGGGAGUGUGGCCACCGAGGUUAGGUCAUCAAUGGAGGGAUCAGGACUGGGAUCGCCUGGUCAUGGAUAUGAAGUCGGGGAUAUGGUUUGGGGAAAAGUGAAGUCCCACCCUUGGUGGCCUGGUCAUGUAUUCAGUGAAGAAUUUGCAACCACUUCUGUGCGAAGAUCAAAGAGGGAGGGUCUUCUCUUGGUUGCCUUCUUCGGAGAUAGUAGUUAUGGAUGGUUUGAUCCUUCAGAACUUAUGCCAUUUGAAUCAAAUUUUGCUGAAAAGUCUCGGCAGACUAACUCAAAAACUUUUGUCAAAGCUGUGGAAGAGGCAAUGGAUGAGGUGAGUAGAAGGAAUGCACUUGGUUUGUCUUGUAAGUGUAGGAGUAAGCAGAAUUUCAGGAAGACAGAUGUUAAAGGGUAUUAUGCUGUUGAUGUAGCUGAUUAUGAGCCUGGAGCUGUAUACUCAAUCAAUGCUAUUGAGAAAGCUAGGGCCAGUUUCCAGCCAAGUUCAGCUCUUGAUUUUAUCAGGCAGCUAGCUUUGGAGCCUAACGUUGAGCAUGUUGGUAUUGAUCUUAUAAAGAACAAAGCUAGGGUUGUUUCUUACAGAAGGGCAGUUUAUGAGGAAUUUGAUGACACUUAUGCUCAAGCAUUUGGUCAUGAACUAGAUCGCCCUUCUCCAGCUAAAGCCCCUUUGAGUGGGCGGCAGGUGUUUGCUGACACUUCCGGCAAGGGAAAGAAUCCGGCAAGGUCAAAUAAGUCAAAAGAAAAUGCUAAAAAAGACAAAUAUCUCUUUAAAAGAAGAGAAGAAUCUAAAGAGAUACUAAAACCACCCCAAAAGGAAAAAGAAAAACUUCCAUCCUCUCCUCAGCUCAGCCACGUUGAUGAUUCCACCGCCAUUGCCGCCGGUGACUUUGUCCUACAAAAAAGAGCUCCGGUAACACCACCACCACCAACACCACCACCGGAACAAGUCACAAACCCCCCCAUUCUUCCGGAUUCACCUUCAAAAGAAGACACACCUACACCUAUACUCCCGGAAUCCGGCGACCCUUCUCCGGCGACCACCACCAAGGCUGAGUCAGACGUUUCCGGUGAUGAUGAGAAGAAGACAGAGGAGGACAAAAAGGUCAACAUAAUGGAAAACGGGACGAAAAAGGUGAAAGUUUCUAAAAGACCUGCCGGAGUACUGAGCUCCGGCAAACCCAUCUCGCCGGAGAAGAAAAAGAAAAGAAAAAAAGAAUCUUUAUCCUCUGAAACCACAGAAAUCCAUGAAAAAGAUCCAAUUCCUUUUCCUUCUAAAAAACCUAUUGAAGAAAAAGAACAAGAACCUCAAGAACUCAAGCUUUCACAUAUACUCAAUGAUCUUCAAUCACUCGCUCUUGAUCCUUUCAAUGCCAUUAACAAAGGAUUAGCCAUUAAAACCAGACAAGUUUUCUUGAAAUUCCGCUCACUUGUCUUUCAAAAAAGCUUAAAUUCCUCACCACCACCCGACAAUGCCGCCACGUCACCGGAGGAGAACACUGUGAAAUUGCCGCCUGUAAAGCCGGAAAACACCAUCUCCGCCAGACCAGACGACCCCACUAAAGGCGGCAGAAAGCGGGCCCCAUCCGAUCGCCAGGAAGAAAUGGCUGCAAGAAAGAAGAAAAAAGUCGGUGAUAUAAAAAACUUAACCAAAGAAAAGAAGGUAAUCAAGAAGCUGGAUGACCCUCCACCUGCCCGAAAGCCUGACCCCGGGCAGGGGCGGCGGGCAGCGCCGACUGUACUAAUAAUGAGGUUCCCGCCAGAUGGAUCUCUGCCAUCCAUUAAUGAACUGAAGGCGAAAUUCGUGCGAUUUGGACCAAUGGAUCUUCAAGCCACUCGGAUAUUAUGGAAGUCAUUGCAGUGUCGGGUGGUUUUCAAAUUCCAUGCGGAUGCUCAGGCGGCGUUAAAGAUGGCGGUCCGAAGCGGCACUUUGUUUGGGAACUCCGGCGUCAGGUGCAGCCUCAGGGCGGUGGCGGAUUUCGAACCACCAGCCAAAGUAAAAGAAGACCAGCAGCAGCAGCAGAUGGCAGUACAGUUGAAAUCAUGUCUGAAGAAAUCCGGCGGUGAAGACAGUGGUGGUGGUGGUAAUGGCAGCAGAGGGGCGGCUCGUGUAAAAUUUGUGUUGGAUGGAGAUGAAAGUCAUCAUAAUAAGAACAAAAAGAAUGGUGAUGGAGGUGGAGGUGGUUCAUCUUCUUUUUCUUCUUCUUCUUCCUCUUCUUCUUCUUCUUCUCAUGCAACAAUGGAUUUUAAUAGUAAGAAUUUUCAAAAAACAUCAUCAUCGUUGCCUCUUCUUCCUCUUCCUCUUUCUACUUCUAGUGGUGUUGGUAGUAGUUCUGGCGUUCAAUUUACUAGACCACCACUAAUACCAUUAGCACCACCACUAAUACCACUAGCACCACCGUUAUUACCAACACCAACACCAACACCAACACCACGAUCUUUUAAUUAUGGUGGUGACAUGGCACCACUACCACCGCCACCACCAGUGGGUGUGGGUGUGGGAGGAAAGUAUGUGCACAACUUACAAAGACCAAAUAUUGGUCAGAAAGUGGAUGUAUCACAACAAAUGUUAAGGCUUAUGAGAAAGUGCAAUGAAGUUGUUACGAAUGUGAGGAAUACGUUGGGUUAUGUGCCUUACCACCCUCUUUAA